GUGCAACGCUCCUCAAAGCACGGCAGAGACCAGGCUUUAUACAUGUGGAGAGGGAGGUACACUACACACCCCUGUCUUCAUCAUGAGCACUACCAUUCGCGUACGGAGCCUUCCAACCAAGUAUAGUGAGGAGGAGUUGCUGCGUCUCUGCGCGUGCUUCGGUGAGGUCGUCGAUUACAGCGCCGUGGGCGAAGGCGGAGGGGCGAGCGCUGCGGCUGCCGCUGACGUCACGUACGAAGAGCGGGAAGACGCCUUGGCAGCAGCAGCCAACAUGGAGGGUAUGGAAUUCAACGGCGCCUUCCUGCGCGUUUUCGUGAAGCAGCAAUGA